AUGCCGCCCGCCGAGCCCAUGCCCGGCUACGGGCAGCUGCUGAGCCGCGCCUACGGGGCGCUGGCGGCCGCGGCCCGGGACUGCGGGGACUGCGGCUGGGAGCUGGCGCUGCGGACGUGGGCGGACAACGCGCGGCUGGGCUGGGCAGAAAUGCUGCUCUGCGGGCUCGGAGCCCUGGGCUGGACCGCGCUGCGCCGCGCCGCCGCACGCUGCGUCUUUCGGCCCUUUGGGGAGUGGUGCAACUUGCAGCCCAAAGAUGCUGCCAAGAUGCCUGAGAGUGCCUGGAAGCUGCUUUUCUACACGUUGUCCUGGUCAUAUGGCAUCUACCUGCUCUUCUUCACUGACUACCCCUUCUUCCACGACCCACCUUCUGUCUUCUAUGGCUGGAAGAAGGGCAUGGACGUGCCCAGGGACAUCUCCAUCGCUUACCUGCUGCAGAGCAGCUUCUAUGGGCACUCCAUCUACGCCACAGCCUACAUGGACACGUGGCGCAGGGACUCGGUGGUGAUGCUGCUGCACCAUGUGGUCACCCUCACCCUCAUCAGCUUCUCCUACGCCUUCAGGUACCACAACGUUGGCAUCCUCGUGCUGUUCCUGCACGAUGGCAGCGACGUGCAGCUGGAGUUCACCAAGCUCAACGUGUACUUCAAGCACCGGGGAGGGGUUUAUCACCGCCUCAACGACGUCAUCUCCAACAUCGGCUGCCUCAGCUUCAGUGUCAGCUGGUUCUGGUUCCGUCUCUACUGGUUCCCUCUCAAGGUGCUCUAUGCCACUUGCUACUCCAGUCUCCAGUCAGUCCCCAACAUCCCCUUCUACUUCUUCUUCAAUGCUCUGCUCCUUGUCCUCACUCUGAUGAACAUCUACUGGUUUCUGUACAUUGUCCUGUUUGUGGCCAAAGUGCUGCUGGGGCAGAUGCAGGAGGUGAAUGACGUGCGUGAGUACGACGUGGAGGUGAGCAGCAAAGCCAGCCCAGGCAAGAAGAAAGAGGCUGGACUCCAGCUGCCCAGUGCUCUGAAGGAAGGGAUGCACCUGAAGAAUGGACUUGUGAAGGACAAGAGGUUGUGAGGGAACUGUGGCUGCUGCAGCCUGGCUGCACCUGGGGACUGACCCAGGACCCUGCACUUGAACUCAGCACAAGGAGACCUUCAUCCCUGACACCCUCCCCCCCUGCCUAGAGCUGGGGAAGAGCUGCUGACAGGAUGAGGCCCCUCCUGGGGCUUCUCCCACUGCUGCUGGGCUCUCUGUGGGCAGCCCAUGCUGGUUCAGUUGAGGGGUUGGUGGCUUUGCUGGUCCAGGUAGGAUUUGGAGCUGGCUUUGGGUCCCCUGGCCUUCCUCCCACCACUCCAUCCCCUGGUGUGACUUCUCCUGUCUCUAUUGUUGGACCUUCCCACCAAUCCUCCUGCAGAGGCUUCUCACCCACAUCAGACUGAGGAGGGAAACUGUUGGCAUCACUGUCCUGGGUGAGAGGAGCCCAGAGGCAGCCCAGCUGAGGCCAGCAGGGCCUGGGGGGUGAUGCAGUGUGGGAGCUGCUCCUGCAUUUCUGGAGGCACAGCACAGUUCCCAUGAGCAGCUCUGCCUGCAAACCCCAGCCCAGGGGCAUGAGUCCAACCUCCUGUCCCACCAGCUCAGGGCCAGGAGAUCUCAUUUGCUCAAAAAAAGCCAGUCCCAGUGGUGCAGGGUCCCCUGCUGAGGGAGCUGGAGGCUCUCACCCAGCUGUGGCUGCUCACUCCAGUAAAGAACAAAGAGUUUCUGCUCCCUGUGUGGGUUUUCCAGGCAGCAGCAGCAGCUCUGAGCCUGGCAGAGUGUGGGGCUGGGCUGGAGCUGAGCUGAGGAGCCCUUGGGGGGUUGCAGCCCCCUGGCUCAGUCCUGGGGGGCUCCUGGCCAGUGGAGCUCCCUCCUGGCUGGGGGACAGUGGAGGGGCUUCAGGGCAUUAAUCCCAGGCAUCAGAGGGGGGUUAAUCGUGGUCUUUCCCUCCUUUGUUCUGUGCUAUUGAUUCAGCUCCAGGCUCAUGGGGAAAAUUCCCCAGUAA